AUGUGUGGACUAAAGCAGGAGCUGAGUGUGAGCCGCCCCCCGCUCUCUGGCGUGAUAAGCAGCGUGUGGCAGCAUGUCUCGUGUCCUGUCUCGUAUCGGGCCGUCCUGACCGCGAGGCACCCAGGCAGUCUGCUGGGGGCUCAGGUUUCGGCACAGCGGCGGCACAGACACCCCCCCCACCUCCGCAGGCUCCGGAGCAGGUAUCAGGUUGCCAGUUCAGCGCCGGCCAGGCUUGACGCUGGCGGCGGCCUGUGA